AUGGCUUCCGCUGUCAAAAAGGUUUUGGUUCCGAUUGCGAAUGGGACGGAGCCGAUGGAGGCGGUGAUUACUAUCGAUGUACUGCGAAGAGCUGGUGCUGAUGUUACGGUGGCUUCUGUGGAGAAGCAGCUUCAAGUUGAUGCGUGUCAUGGAGUGAAGAUCGUUGCCGAUGCCCUAAUUGCUGACUGUGCUGAUAGUGUCUUUGACCUCAUCUCUCUACCUGGAGGAAUGCCUGGUGCAGCCACUCUUAGAGACUGUAAAACUUUGGAAAGCAUGGUGAAAAAACAGGCUGCAGAUGGACAGCUCUAUGCUGCAAUUUGUGCAGCUCCUGCUGUUGCACUUGGGUCAUGGGGCCUGCUGAAGGGGUUGAAAGCAACUUGUUAUCCUUCAUUUAUGGAGCAGUUGUCAUCUUCUGCAACUGCAGUGGAAUCAAUAGUUCAGCCUGAUGGCAAUGUUGUGACAAGUCGUGGACCUGGUACUGCCAUGGAGUUUUCUGUUGCACUGGUUGAGCAAUUAUUCGGGAAAGAGAAAGCUGAUGAAGUUUCUGGGCCUCUGGUUAUGCGUUCCAAUCAUGGGGAUGAAUAUACUAUUGUUGAGCUAAAUUCAAUGGAGUGGACAUUUGAUGAUUGCCCUCAGAUUCUUGUACCAAUUGCUAAUGGAACGGAGGAGAUGGAAGCUAUUAUUAUCAUUGAUGUACUGCGACGAGCUCAAGCCAAAGUUGUAGUGGCAUCUGUUGGAGAUGAACUAGAAAUUGUGGCUUCUCGAAAAGUAAAACUAGUGGCAGAUAUGCUACUUGAUGAGGCUGCCAAACGUCCAUACGAUCUUAUUGUUUUGCCUGGUGGACUUGGUGGCGCCCAAGCAUUUGCAAGCUCAGUAAAACUCGUAAAUUUGCUAAAGAAGCAAAGGGAAUCAAAUAGACCCUAUGGAGCAAUAUGUGCAUCACCAGCUUUAGUCCUGGAGCCACACGGGUUACUCAAGGGCAAAAAGGCCACAGCCUUUCCUGCAAUGUGCAACAAGCUGUCAGAUCCAAGUGAGGCAGAGAACAGGGUUGUGGUUGAUGGCAAUCUCAUCACUAGCAGAGGACCAGGAACAGCCAUGGAGUUUGCACUGGCAAUCACAGAGAAGCUGUUCGGGCGGAAGAACGCAAUAGAGCUUGCAAAAACGAUGGUUUUUGUACGUCCAUAG